AUGGAUUUUCUUUCCGCUGCUUUACCUCCCAUAGCAAUAAGUUUCGUAGUACUUCUCUUAGCCGUACUUUUUUGGCCGGAGAAGAACAAGAGAUACCCCCCAGUUGCCGGAACUGUCUUGCACCAAGUGAUUCAUUUCCCUAGGCUGCACCAUUACCACACUGAGCUUGCAUGCAAGUACAAAACUUACAGGAUACUUGACUUGUUCAAAUACGCGGUCUACACAAUAGAUCCUGCAAAUGUUGAAUACAUGCUCAAAACAAAUGUUGCGAACUAUGGCAAGGGAUUGUACCUGCAUAGCAUUCUGUCAGAUGUUUUGGGAGAUGGGAUCUUCGCUGUGGAUGGGGACAAAUGGCGGCAUCAGAGGAAGGUAUCAAGCUCUCAGUUCUCAACCAAAGUACUUAGGGACUUCAGCAGUGAAAUCUUCAAAACAAAUGGAGUGAAACUUGCUGGCAUAAUUCAUCAAGCUGCAACCUCCAACAAAUCAAUGGAUAUCCAAGAUUUGUUUAUGAAAUCAACCUUGGAUUCAAUCGUCAAAAUUCUACUUGAUAUCGAUCUAGGCACCAUGUGUGGAACAAAUAAUGAAGAAAAUAUCCGGUUUUCCAAUGCUUUUGAUGAUGCAAAUGAAGCUACCCUUCAUCGUAUUUCUGAUAUCUUCUGGAAGAUCAAACGGUUCUUGAACAUUGGCAGGGAAGCAGUGCUAAGAAAAAAUAUGGAGGUGGUGGAUCACUUUAUAUACAAAUUAAUCAACAUAAAGAUUGAAACACUCCAUAAUUCAGGAAAUGAUGAGCUCUGUAUAAAAAAGAGAGACUUCAUCUCAAGGCUUUUGGAAACUAGAGAGACUGAUCCAAAAUACUUGAGAGAUAUGGUCCUCAGUUUUAUUGUUGCUGGCAAAGACACAACUGCUUCUGCUCUUUCAUGGUUUUUUUAUAUGAUGUGCAAGCAUCUCGAUAUACAAGAAAAGAUUGCAAAAGAAGUUAGAGAAGUAAUAGGUCUGAAUAGUACUUCAAGCUCUGAUGAAGUUGCAGCCAACCUUACUGAAGAAGCCCUUAGAAAAAUGCAAUAUCUGCAAGCAGCUUUGACCGAGACACUCAGACUCUAUCCUACGGUUCCAUUGGAUGCGAGAGUUUGUUUUUCUGAUGAUACUUGGCCAGACGGACUUAGUGUAAAAAAAGGGGAACUGAUAGUAUACCAACCUUAUUCAAUGGGUCGGAUGGAGUUUAUAUGGGGUGAUGAUGCAGAAGAGUUUCGGCCAGAGAGAUGGCUCGACAAAAAUGGCAAUUUCCAGGAAGAAAGCCCUUUCAAAUUCAUAUCCUUCAAUGCCGGUCCAAGAAUUUGUCUAGGAAAAGAGUAUAGUUACAUUCAGUUGAAGAUCUUUUCUGCUAUGCUUAUAAGUAACUACAUAUUCAAGGUUACUGAUGAGAAGAAAGUUGUCAAUUACAAGACGAUGGUCACCCUCCAUAUUGAUGGAGGUCUUCAUGUUGAUGCCUUUCCAAGAGUUUGAGCAUGCAAGAUAGUAAGUUUGGUCACCCACUAUCAAUAUUAUUUAUUGUAGUAGGAAGUGCAUCAUG